AUGGAUGAGGACAGGACAAAGAGCAAGGAUGACGGAGCAGAGGUCAAGUACAGAGGUGUCAGGAAGAGGCCAUGGGGCAAAUUCGCGGCAGAGAUACGUGAUUCAGCCAGGCACGGGGUGAGGGUGUGGCUGGGAACUUUUAACACGGCGGAGGAAGCAGCAAGAGCCUAUGACAGAGCAGCUUACGCAAUGAGAGGGCACUUGGCCAUUCUUAAUUUUCCUAACGAGUACCCCAAUAUGGCCGGUAAUGCUUCCAGUAGUUCCACUCCUCAUUUCUCUUCUGGUUAUUCAGGUUCUUCUUCCUCUUCAUCAUCAAUGCAAAGAGAAGUUAUUGAGUUCGAAUGCUUGGAUGAUAAGUUGCUUGAGGAGCUGCUUGAGCAAGAAGACAAAAAGAGUAAGAAAGAGUAA